ACAGAUCUCUCUCCCAUCUCUACCCGCCAUGGUUGAAUUUUCUCUGCACCAAAAGUUUCCAAGAAACCCGGCAUGCAUCAAGUCUGUGCACAAUGUGCAGUUCAGCCAUGGCCAUGGCCGAGCUAAUGGAGAAGAAGAAGAAGACAAAGUUACUUAUACUACCAAUACUUGCUACUACUAACUACCCAGAUGUAUACUUUUCAAGAACCACUGUUUCUACCUGAAGAUCCCAACAAGAAGAGAACUGAUGGCGCAGUGAGUCUUCUUGCUCACACCAGAAGAAGAAUUUCAGAUGCCAUGGCUGAGAAAACAGGGAAUGAAUGGACAGCUUUGGCGCACAUAAUAACAGCAGUGAUAGGGUCAGGUGUUCUUUCCUUGGCAUGGAGCAUGUCAAAGCUGGGAUGGAUCGCCGGUCCGAUAACAAUGCUGUGUUUUGCUGCGGUCACUCUCACCAGUGCUCUUCUUCUCUCCAACUGCCACCGACCCACUGAUUCUGACCUCCACACCCAUGGCUCUUACCUUGAUGCUGUCCGCUCCAUCCUAGGAAAUAGAAGCGCCUGGUUUUGCGGCAUCAUUGUUGGGAUCAAUUUCAUCAAGCUUGGAAUUGUGUACACAAUCACUUCUGCUAUUAGCAUCAGAGCAAUUCAGAAAGCAAACUGCUAUCAUUAUGAAGGCCAUGAGGCUACUUGUGGGUAUUUAAACACGAAAUAUAUGAUUAUAUUUGGAUCAAUCCAAGCACUAGUGUCUCAAAUUCCAGACUUUCGCAACACGCAAUGGCUCUCCAUUGUUGCUGCAAUCAUGUCUUUCACAUAUUCAUUCAUUGGAUCAGGACUCAGCUUAGCUAAAGUAAUAGAUAAUGGAGAAAUAAAGGGUAGCAUUGGAGGGUUGCCUUCUCCUAAUCUAGGCAAAAAACUAUGGUCAGUUUCAGAAGCACUUGGAAACAUUGCCUUUGCCUUCCCAUUCUCUGUCAUUUUUCUAGAGAUACAGGAUACGUUGAAAGAGCCUUUAGAAAAGGCGACCAUGAAGAAGGCCUCAAUAAUGGCAGUCUGCACCACCACAUUUUUCUACCUAUGUUGCGGAGGAUUGGGUUAUGCAGCAUUUGGCAAUGCAACGCCCGGGAACCUCUUAACAGGAUUUGGUUUUUACGAGCCUUAUUGGCUCGUCAACUUUGCUAAUGCAUGUGUUGCUCUUCACCUUGUUGGAGGAUAUCAGGUGUUCAGCCAGCCAUUGUAUGCAAAUGUAGAGAGAUGGCUAGGGAAGAAAUACCCAGAGAGUCAAUUUGUACAGAGGAACUAUGUUCUAAAACUAAACUACUUUCCAGCAUUUCAGAUUAACUUCAUGAGAGUGGUUUUUAGAACUGCAUAUGUUGCUGCAGUAACUGGGAUUGCGAUACUAUUCCCUUACUUCAACCAGGUUGUGGGGGUAGCAGGAGCAGUCAACUUUUGGCCUAUAGUCGUGUACUUCCCUGUUGAGAUGUACCUAAAGCAGAAAGAGAUUGAAUUUUGGACAUGCAAGAAGACCGCUCUUCGUAUAUACACAUACCUAUGCUUGGUUAUCAUCCUAUUUGCCUUUGUUGGUUCCAUCCGAGGAUUGAUCCUUGCCAGGUUCAGCUAGGAGGUCACUACUUGGUCACAUCUACUUCCUAGUAAGAGUAAAGUUUGUGUAUGCACAUCCUCCUACCCUAUUUUUCUAGAAUUUUACUGGGUUUGUUGAUAUUAUAGUUACACAUUUACGCUCUUCAUUGUCUGAUAUUGUGUUGACUAUAAAUGUAAUACAUAGUUUUUUAACGU